AUGAACNUAAUUAAUUCAAUAAAUGUUUUGGCAUAUCUUGAUGCUUAUCCUACUAUUUCAUUACGGAAAAUUGCUCGUGAAUUAGGAUUAAGUUACAAUACCGUUCAAAAAAUAGCAAAAAUAAAUAAAUUCCACAAUUUUAAGUUUACUAUAGUACAAAAUUUACAACCCACCGAUUUUGAACGAAGAAAAACAUGGUUAGCAAUCAUGUCUUCAAAAAUUAAUGAAGACACCAAUUUUCUAAACAAAACUCUGUGGACUGAUGAAAGUCGUUUUGAAAAUCACCCCCCAAUCAACAGACACAACCAUCAUUAUUGGUCUGAUAAAAAUCCAAACAUUACACAUGAACACCACUUUCAAAAUGGUCUGUGAAUAUAUGGUAUGGAUUACUGGA